AUGCCCACCCCGCAAGAAAUCAAAUCCUCCCUCCACAGGGACGGCUUCGUCGUCAUCCCCUCCGUCCUCUCCGAGUCGGAGCUCUCGGCCCUCCGCGCCGCCGCCACCCGGACCACCGCCCGCGCCCGCUCCGGCGCCUGGCCCCACAUCCGCACCCUGGGCAAGCAGUUCCCGCCCUGGUCCGCCGCCGACAUCCACAAGGGCAUAUGGGGCGUGCAGCACCUGCUGCACCCGGACCUGCCGCCCGACGACGCGGCCGUCUUCACGCGCAGCUACUUCCACCCGCGCAUCCUCGACACGGCGGCCCUGCUCAUCGACGGCGGCGGUGACGGCGGCGGCGAGGAAGGAGGAGAAGGAGGCGGAGGAGGCGACCAGCUGGUCAUGGAGCUGUACAACAUGCUCGUCCGCCCGGACGCCGACUACGAGCUGCGCUGGCACCGCGACGACGUCCCGCCCGAGGCCACGGCCGAGCAGGAGAUGAGCCGCCUCGGCCGGCCCGCCUGGCACGCGCAGUGGAACCUGGCCCUGUGGGACGACGAGUCCCUCGUCGUCGUUCCCGGCUCGCACCUGCGGGCCCGCACCGACGCCGAGCGCGCCGCCGACCCCUUCGCCAGGGAGCUCCCCGGCCAGCUCGUCGUCAGGCUGCGGCCCGGCGACGUGGCCUUCUACAACAACAACAUCCUGCACCGGGGCGUGUACGACUCGGCCAGGGAGCGCAUGACGCUGCACGGGUCCGUGGGCCACGCCGGGGGCAGCAAGCUGCGGGCGCGCAACGUGCUGCAGCACGGCGUCGGGGAGUGGGUCGAGCGGUGCGACUUUUCGGUGCUGGAGGACGGGGCGCAGAGGGCGAGGGCCGAGGGCAUGAGGCAGAGGCUGAUCAAGCUGGGGAGGGAGAGCGGGGAUGUUGGCUAUUCUCUGAAGGACUGA